UCAAUUAUGAUAAAAGUAACACGUUAAGUAACCGAUCAAUUCAAGAUGAAGCAUCAUAUGUAAACACGGCAACAGAACAAUUACAGAACGCGAUGAAUUCUCUUGCUCAUUUCAAGGAAAUUGUUUCGAAAUUUAACGUGCCUUCACAAUUGCAAAUGAAUACGUCGUGCUCUACCCCAACCCCAAAGAUGGAACAUAAGAAAACGCGCACAUCAAAUUUAAGACAACCAUCUUUCUCUUCGCGCUUGAAACCACCCGUUCAAAGACGCUUAACUUCUACGGAAACGGUUCGCCACACGACGAAUAAUUACUCUGAGGAUAAUAAAUAUGCAUCUAACUUGUCUAAUUCAAAACUUUUACGCACACCUUCUGCUAGACCAAAAAAAUGA